CCGCUGCCGCCAGCCCUCCUGGGAGCAGGAGCCUGCAGGGGGCAGUCACUGGACCGCAGCGGAGUCCAGGGGGCUCUGGGGCUGAGCCAAGUGGUCAAGGCUCCUCGGGGACCCAGGCCCGACUCCAGGCUUUCGCCAUGUCCGAGACGCUGGACCUCGAGAAGGGCUGCACUGUGGAGCAGCUGCUUCGCGGCUGCAUCGAGGCCUUUGACGACUCCGGGAAGGUGCGGGACCCCCAGCUGGUGCGCAUGUUUCUGAUGAUGCACCCUUGGUACAUCCCCUCCUCUCAGCUGGCUGCUAAGCUGCUCCACAUUUACCAACAAUCCCGGAAGGAUAAUUCCAAUUCGCUUCAAGUGAAGACCUGCCACCUGGUCCGGUACUGGAUCUCGGCCUUCCCCGCAGAGUUUGAUUUGAACCCAGAGCUGGCGGAGCAGAUCAAGGAGUUGAAGUCGCUGCUGGACCGAGAGGGGAACCGACGGCACAGCAGCCUCAUUGACAUCGAGAGCGUCCCCACGUUCAAAUGGAAGCGCCAGGUGACCCAGCGCAACCCAGUGGGGCAGAAGAAGCGGAAGAUGUCGCUGCUCUUUGACCACUUGGAGCCCCUGGAGUUGGCCGAGCAUCUCACUUACCUGGAGUACCGCUCCUUCCGCAAGAUCCUGUUCCAGGACUACCACAGCUUUGUGACCCACGGUUGCACGGUGGACAACCCCGUCCUGGAGCGCUUCAUCUCUCUCUUCAACAGCGUUUCCCAGUGGGUGCAGCUCAUGGUGCUGAGCAAGCCCACAGCCCCGCAGCGGGCCCAGGUCAUCACCCACUUCAUCCACGUGGCCGAGAAGCUGCUGCAGCUCCAGAACUUCAACACCCUCAUGGCUGUGGUCGGGGGCCUGAGCCACAGCUCCAUCUCUCGCCUCAAGGAGACGCACAGCCACGUGAGCCCAGACACGGUCAAGCUCUGGGAAGGCCUCACCGAGCUGGUGACGGCCACUGGCAACUACGGCAACUACCGCCGCCGGCUGGCGGCCUGCGUGGGCUUCCGCUUCCCCAUCCUGGGCGUGCAUCUCAAGGACUUGGUGGCCCUGCAGCUGGCUCUUCCUGACUGGCUGGAUGCCGCUCACACUCGGCUCAAUGGGGCCAAGAUGCGCCAGCUCUUUGCCAUCCUGGAGGAGCUGGCCAUGGUCACCAGCCUGCGGCCGCCCAUACAGGCCAACCCGGACCUGCUGAGCUUGCUCACGGUGUCUCUGGAUCAGUACCAGACCGAGGACGAGCUGUACCAGCUGUCCCUGCAGAGAGAGCCGCGUUCAAAGUCAUCGCCCACCAGCCCCACGACCUGUGCUCCGCCCCCUCGGCCCCCUGUCCUGGAGGAGUGGACGGCGGCCGCCAAGCCCAAACUGGACCAGGCGCUGGUGGUAGAACACAUUGAGAAGAUGGUGGAGUCUGUGUUCCGGAACUUUGAUGUGGAUGGGGACGGCCACAUCUCCCAGGAGGAGUUCCAGAUCAUUCGAGGGAAUUUCCCUUACCUCAUCGCCUUCGGAGACCUGGACCAGAACCAGGAUGGUUGUAUCAGCCGGGAGGAGAUGGUCUCCUAUUUCCUUCGGUCCAGUUCUGUGCUGGGGGGCCGGAUGGGUUUCGUCCACAAUUUCCAGGAGAGUAGCUCGCUGAGACCAGUCGCCUGCAGGCACUGCAAGGCCCUGAUCCUGGGCAUCUACAAACAGGGACUGAAGUGCCGAGCUUGUGGAGUGAGCUGCCACAAACAGUGCAAAGAUCGGCUGUCAGUCGAGUGCCGGCGCCGGGCCCAGAGCGUGAGCAUGGAGGGCCCGCCUGCGCCUUCGCCCACCCAUACUCACCUGCGAGCCUUUAGUUUUUCAUUGCCUCGUCCUGGCAGGCGAGGGUCCCGGCCACCAGCUCCGGAGAUCCAAGAAGAGGAGGUCCAGAGUGUGGAAGACGGAGUGUUUGACAUCCAUUUAUAACAGUGGCCAUCUGGGGAGCACGGAUCCAGCCCCACUACUGGAGGGGCGCAGACCAGAGCCGUGGACCUGGGGAGCUGGCCUACGACAGGCCUGAAGAAGGGCGAGGGGCCGCAGGGAGGGCGGGACUUGGGCACUCCUGGGUUGUACAAACUCUUGUGAAUAUUUGUAUUUUCCAAAAGGAAUUAAAAAAAAAAAA